AUGAUUCGGCAAGGUAGUAUAGAUGAUAUUAAUGCUCAACAAUUUCUUAAGAUCUCUAACUAUGAAGAUACAGUUCGUCAGCUUGAUAUUUACUAUGCAAUAGUUAAAAGACAGCUGCUAAGGUUCCAAAGUCCAAUUACUGGUUUAUUUCCAGUUUUAUCUUCUGACCUUCAAGUUGGUAGUGUAAGAGAUAGUGUAUACUGUGCAGCAGCAGUUUGGGGUUUGUAUCAGGCAUACAGGCGCAUUGAUGAUGAUCGUGGCAAGUCUCAUGAGUUGGGCCAAAGCACAGUGAAAUGUAUGCGCGGUAUCUUGGAAUGCUGGAUAAAACAGUCUGCUCGUGUAGAAGCAUUCAAAACUCGACAAAGUGCUGCUCAUGCUCUUCAUGUUAAGUUUCAUCUCACAACUGGAGAACCAGUGCUUUCAGAUGAGGAAUACCAUCAUUUGCAAAUAGAUGUUGUUUCACUUUAUCUUUUAUUUCUGGUGCAAAUGAUUACAGCUGGAUUGCAAAUUAUAUACACACAGGAUGAAGUGGCAUUUGUACAAAAUUUAGUAUAUUAUGUGGAAAGAGCUUAUAGAACACCUGAUUAUGGUAUGUGGGAAAGAGGAUCAAAAUAUAAUGAUGGAAAACCUGAAAUUCAUGCCUCCUCCAUAGGUAUGGCGAAAGCUGCUCUAGAAGCAAUAAACGGUUGCAACUUGUUUGGCGACAAAGGUGCAUCAUGGAGUGUUGUCUAUGUAGAUAUUGAUGCGCACAAUCGUAACAGAAGCAUUUUCGAGACAAUGUUACCAAGGGAAUCUAGUUCAAAGGGAGUUGAUGCAGCUUUGUUGCCAACAAUAUCGUUCCCCGCGUUCGCCACGCAUGAAGAUCUUUUAGUGCAGUUGACGAAAAACAAUAUACUCACACGUCUACAAGGAAAAUACGGCUUCAAAAGAUUCAGUCGUGACGGCUACAAAUGUGCCCUCGAAGAUCCCAAUCGUCGCUAUUACCACGAGGGCGAGCUGAAAGAAUUCGAAGGCAUAGAGACUGAGUGGCCGCUUUUUUACGUUAUGAUGAUUAUUGACGGAGUAUUCCGAACAUUGCCGGAACAAGUGGAGGAGUACCAAAAGCUGCUAAAGUCUCGAAUAUACAUGGACGAGCAUGGAGAUCCAGUAAUACCUUGGUAUUAUUAUGUUCCACGAGAGGGCGUGGAGAAUGAACGCAAUGAGCCUUAUUCCGUCAGGAGAUUGCCUGCUAACCAACCAGGCGAUAGUGAGAAUAAAGACACUGGCGGCCUGUUCCUGUGGGCGCAGUCUCUAUUCGUUUUGGCGCAACUGCUGACGGGUGGGCUCCUGCACGUCAACGAGCUGGACCCGGUUCGUCGCUACCUGCCGUCUUACAACCGGCCGCGGAGGGCGGGCCGCUAUUCCGCUUUCCAGGGUACGGCGACAGAUUUAGUGGUGCAAGUGGUGCUCAUUGCUGAAUCGAUGCGAUUGCAAGCUAUGAUGGGCACUUAUGGUAUACAGACACAAACGCCUCAUGAGGUUGAACCUGUUCAGGUCUGCAGCUCCACGCAAUUGGUGCACGUCUAUAGAGAAUUGGGUGUUUGUCCAAAACUGAAACUGACGGGACGUCCUAUACGACCUGUGGGAUCGUUAGGAACGAGUAAGAUUUACAGAGUUUGCGGUAUGACGGUUCUGUGUUAUCCGCUCAUAUUCGAAGUUUCCGAGUUCUAUCUUUACAGGGACAUGGCCCUAUUGAUAGACGAUAUAAAGACCGAAUUACAGUUCGUCGGAAAGUACUGGCGGCUGUCGGGUCGGCCAACGGUCUGCCUGCUGGUUCGCGAGGAGCACAUGCGCGACCCGCACUUCAAACAGAUGCUUGACCUUCUCGCGAUGCUCAAGAAGGGCCACUGCGACGGCGUCAAAGUGAGACUCGGCCGCCUGCAGAAUCUGAUCUCCAGCUCCUGUAUCGAGCACCUGGACUUCAUGAGCCAGGGCGAGUUCCCGUCGGAGAUGUUCACCCAGUUCAGGCAGCUGGAGCACGAGUACAUCGGCUACCAGUCGCUGACGGACGUGCCCCGGACGCUCACGUACCGGGAGCCGGCGCUCAGCUGCGAGGAGCACCGCCACCGGCCCACCCACGAGGUGGUCGCCGCGCUCAGGGCCACCGACAACAUCUUCGCCCAGUGCCAGCUCUGGGGCAUACUGCUCGAGAGGGAAGGGCCCAUGUACGAGGUGAACGGCAGAACCGCUCUGGAAUCGCUGAAAGAGUUUGUACCACAGCGCGGCCCCUUCAUUACGACCGUACUCGUCAACGGAAAGCAGUUGACCGUCGGUGUUAUUGGCCGGAAGGAGACCGUAUUCGACAAGCCGAUGACCCCGGGCGAAAUUCAAUCUGUUAUGUAUUCCACAAUUCAGCCGUACGACGUCAUCGGUGCUGUAUUGCAACAGGAGAUAGUGCUGUACUGUGGCCGGUUGAUCGGCACGAACCCGGACAUGUUCCGCGGCAUCCUGAAGAUCCGCGUGGGCUGGGUGUUGGAGGCCAUCCGCACCUACCUCGCGCUCUUCCCCAACGAGAAGCGGCCCGACGCACCGCUGGAGAGCCUCUCGCCCUACCGGCUGCGGACGCUGCUGCAGCGGGUGCUCACCGUGUCCGACUGGGCGGAGGAGCGCGGAUUAACGCCUCUGCAACGCCGCCAACUGGAGGGAUGCCUAUGUCGUGUUCCGAAACAUUUCUACAUACAGGUUUGGGACAUCCUCUUGCGCACACCCAAAGGAAUCAUUGUUCAGGGCCACGCGAUCCCCGCCCAGCCGACGCUGGUGAACAUGUCGCGCUCGGAGCUCUCGUUCGCGCUGCUGGUGGAGGAGGCGCUGGUGCGCAUCGAGUCCGCCGCCCGCCGCCAGCUCUGCGUCGAGCUGCUCUGCGUGCUCGCGACCAUUCUGCGCCGCAACCCCGAGCUCUACCUGCAGCAGCCGCUCGACCUCGACAAGCUGCUGGACGACGCGCACUACACCUACGCCAAGGACAGCGGCCUGCCCGAGUCGGAGUGCACGUCUGCGCUGAGCGGUGCGGCGCCCGCCGUGACCUUGGGCUACUUGGCCCGCGCCGUGGUCAACAGCGUGCUGCAGGCCGCCGCCGCGCCGCACGUGCAGCCCGCACACGACUCCUGCCUGGUCGCU